ACAAUCCACACAAGUACUGCGGUGUAGGCGGAGGUGCAGUCGGGUUUUCUCUUGCUGUUUUGUGAGGAUGUUGUUUUGCUGUUAAAUUUAGAGUAUUAAACAUGUUUUUACUCUGUAGGUAACCAGGGUAUUUUUCGCGAGCAAGUAGGAGCAAGAAACCACCGCGAUGGGAAAGGUACCAUGUGCUGCAUGCAAAAAGAAAUGCAAGGGAGAGGUGCUGAAGGUGCAGGACAAGCAUUAUCAUAUAGACUGCUUCAGGUGUAAAACAUGUAAGAAGUCACUGGCAGCAGGUGGAUUUUUCUGCAAGGAGGGUAACUACUACUGCGCCGAUGAUUACCAGACACAGUUUGGAACGCGCUGUGCAAAGUGCAACGACUAUGUGGAGGGAGAGGUGGUGACUGCUCUUGGUCGGACCUACCAUCAGAACUGUCUCCUCUGCGCGACCUGUGGGAAAGCUUUCCCGCCUGGGGAGAAGGUGACUUUCAGAGAUGGCAAGAGCAUGUGCGAGAAUUGUCUGAAUCGGCUGCCAUCACCGCCCGUGUCACCUGUCCGAGAAGCACCGAAAGGAGCGACUGCGGCCGAGCCACAGGAGCCUCCACUGCCGUUCAUAGAGUGUGCUGGCUGCAACAAAGCAUUGCAGGAUGGCCAUGCUGUGCUGGCACUAGAUAAGCACUGGCACGAAGACUGCUUCAGAUGCACCUCAUGCAACCAGAUACUGCACGGUGAAUACAUGGGCAGGGAAGGCCAGCCAUACUGUGAGAAUGACUACCAGAACCUAUUUGGUGUGCACUGUGCGGGAUGCUUGCAGUACAUCACGGGCCGCGUGCUGCAGGCCGGAGACCAGCACUACCACCCGGAGUGCUCCUGCUGCGGCCGCUGUGGCGAGGUCUUCACCGAGGGCCAGGAGAUGUUCCUGCAAGGUUCUGAAAUCUGGCACCCUCAUUGCAGCAGUGUGAAGAAACCUCGUGGGUCUAUUGAUCAUAGUGGUUCAGAGCGAUCGUUUUCUAGGGACUCUAGUCCCUACAACAGCCUAAGCAGAAAGUAUUCGACCCCUCAGGAGCCGAACAAGUACGAACCGAAAUUCGACGUCGACUUUGGAUCCAAGAUAUACAUCGAGAGCUACAUGAUGCCAGAGCCAUUUGAGCCAUUCGACAGACUCAAAACAACAAUCUCCGCUAAGCCUCCCAAGUCCCCUCACUUUUACAGACCAGAGAAGCUCAACUUUGGCAGCAAAGGCAUUUAUGCGAGGCUAAGUGGAGCUCCCCGAACAGCCAUGGCUGUCCUUGCUGACACAUGCAAAGAAACUGUGGCCCGGCCUAGGUCUCCUAGCAUGAACAAUGAGGAACCAAUCAAUCUCGCGCAUUUCCCCGGUGCCCACGUCCCCAGCGGUGAAGAGGUAGCACAUCCCAAGAUCGAACGAGACGAUUGGCCGGCGCCACCAUACGCUCCGGUUUUGCUGAAGAGGGAUGGAGUAGAUGGCAAGGUAGAAGCAGAUGAUGAAGAUGAAGUCCAGGAGGACCCAAGAAUUAAGAAAGAGGAGGAGAUGCUGAGUAAGAUCAACAGUGGCAUGAGCGAUAUCUUCCUUAAGGAUAUUAAAGAAAAGAAGGCAAAGAUGCAGCAGAAGCCAGUGAAGGUCGAUCCACGGAACGCUUCCAGAGUUGCCUCGGCCAAGAAGGAGCUGCCGAUCCCGCAGCGAUACGAGUCGCCCGUCAAUGCUUCCCCUUCACGAGUGUCGGAUCAUCCACGGCCGUGGCUAAUGGACGAUGCAUCAACCUUCUCACGUGGUACAGUUUACAGGUCUUCCAUGCCUGGCCUCAUUCAGCAGCAUGGAGACCCUUCUCCAGGAAGAGGCAUGACUUCACCCAAGUCAGCAACCCUUCCUGGCAAUGUCAGGGCAGCAGUGCUAAAUGACACGAGGGACACUAGGAGCUCCCAUUCUGCAUAUUCAGACUCCGAGGCUGACCAGGUGUUUACAGAUGGGCCAGAAAGGAACGGCUACGACGUAUACGAAAAGUACCCUAAUGCCGUCCACCAUCGACGAUCGCUCCCCAACAUCGGGUCGGACCCACCAAAGCUGUACCCAUACCAGGACCUAGUAACUUCAAAUAAGAAUAAAUUGGCAGAUGACAUUGACAGAGGACACCUUGAGCAUCAUCUGGCUGGAGAAGAGUUCCAGAAGCUGUUCAAAAUGACACCGAUAGAAUUCUACAAGCUGCCGCUCUGGAAACGGCAUGCAGUGAAGAAACGUCUGCAGUUGUUCUAGCCUGUGUUGUGAUUACCCUGGCUGACAAUCACACCAAUCAACAAGGUUGUCCUGCUGUCGAAGUUGCCUGCAAGACAGUAGUGGAUCAUGUGCACUAAUAUCAUUGCUUUAAAAAACAUUGAAACGUUGUUGCCAGUGUGGGUGUAUGUCUAUGUGUAUGUGUGUGGGUCUGCUGUGUGUCUUUGUUUGUGUUUUUACCUGGUGUCCAAGGACCUUCGUGGCUGUGUCUGUUAGUCAUGGUGUGGGUGGAGUGGGAAGAGCAGGAAUUAAUGAGUACCUCUCUACACACGUGUACAACUAAGAACAUGUCAGGUAACUGGUCUCUUGUGUCUUGCAGUCCCUUGGCACCUUCAACAUUUCUUGUUUAGGAGGAUAUGGUUCUUGCGUGCAUGGCAGAAUUGUCGUAAUUUUGACAGUAAAAGAGAGUAGUAGCGAACAUUGUAUGCAGGAACAACAGGGGUUGGAAUUGAAUUUAUUGCAGGUGUUUGUAUAUCCAACUAAAUGUGAUUGUGGACAAUUCACCAAUGAGUGUGAGCUUGGUUCAUGGCCUGGGUUUGCAGGGUUUGCCAAUACCUUUAUUGCGGUGCAAACUUCGUGUCCCUGUUCACAUCUCGUCAGGCACGCACACGCACACACAGACACAUACACGUGCGUGUGUACGUACAUAGGGUCUGUGUACUUAACUAUUCAUUCCCAUAGUGUACCUGGUUGUACUACUUCCUGUACUGAUAAUCCCUUAAGAUUUCAAAUAUAUUAAAUAUUAUUCAUUAAACCAGGUGUAAUGUUGUUAGACACACUACUAGAACGAUGCUUGUCUGCCUUCUAAUUGCCUUAAGAAAAGGAAAACGAAUAGCUUAAACUAGAACGAAGUCUUCGCUGGACGGUGCUGCAUCAGUGUUUAAACACCGCUGCAGCCAUGAAGUGGACAGAGGUCUCGCAAAGGGUUGUGAUGCAUGUUUUAAUAGUUAUUAUUGUAACCUGGAGAUGGCGCUAGUGCUAGGCUGAGGGAUGAAGCAGGAGUAUUUAUCGAAAUCCUGAUCAUGACGAUGUAUGAAUGUAAGACAUUUUUAAUAUUUUUCUUCCAUACAGCCAUAGUCACCAGUACACAUCACCAAUUUACUAGUUGUUGUUUUACUAAUAUACAGAUGAAUAUUAGGCUAUGUGUGUUAUUAUGUUGCAUUAUUAAUCAUGGUUGUGUAGAGUACAGGAUUGAUUUGGUAGGGUAACCCCCUGUUUAGGAGUAGGUGAUUGUGGUUUAUAGACGUCCUGAAGUAUACGGAAUUCAAAUGGGCGUCAAACGUACAAAAUAUUUUACCCCUCGAUUAUAAAGGUAGUGCGUUCAUUUACAGUAACCGAGCAGGGCAUUUUGUGUAGUCUAGAUUUUGGAUUUAGGCCCCUUACCUUUAGGCAUUCAGUUUGCUUCAUCUACGUUUACCUGCGGUAGAUGUUUUUGCCUCCACACACUGAUUUUGCUGCAGGUUUGCACACGUAUCGUUUGUAUGGAUUUGUUUUUGACCAUAUACAAUAAUAUAAUGCGAAUGCCUGCCUAUAUAGUGACACCAGUAAAAAAUUCUUUUGUAAUUUAAGCACGGAAAGGCCUCCAGUUUUUAUAUGGCUAUAAAUUUUGUAUAGUUUUGUCAUUUUUUAUUUAUUAGUUUUACUCUCUUACCAGUUGCUUGAGGUACCAAUGCAAGGUGAUCUGAGAGUUGCAGGAGAUGCAGGGAUGGCGGUCACGUGUCUAGAGCUAGAUAAUUUUGAUAAUGACUAUCAAGUUCUCAGUGUUCUCGCCUUCAGAACUUGAGUUGCCAGGUUGUGCACAUUGUGUGUAGAUGUCAGAAUCGAGUUCUGAAGACAGUCCCCAAAUCGACUAAAGUUUGCGCUUACGUGUGUGCCCUAGAAUGCUCGUUGUAAGUGUGACAUUAGAAAUCAGCUUAUAUAUAUAUAUAGUCUCAAUGCGUAUGUGUAAAGGUUUCCUUGGAGCGGAGGUGUAUUUUCAUGUUGAAGUGCGGCUUCACCUCUCGGCACCGUCAUGCCUCGUGUUUUUGGCAUGACCAGCCCACAUUCUACAUCUGUAGAUCUCGUAUACUAUCCUACUACUAUGAUCAGCCAUCGGUGUAGCUAUCCUACUACUAUGAUCAGCCAUCGGUGUAGCUAUCCUACUACUAUGAUCAGCCAUCGGUGUAGCUAUCCUACUACUAUGAUCAGCCAUUGGUGUAGCUAUCCUACUACUAUGAUCAGCUAUCGGUGUACGUACGCCUCGUUGCUCGUCAAUGCAGCGCUGUAGUGUGUGCUUUUAUUGGGGACUGUCACCGCUGGUUAGUGCAAGAGAGAGUAAGAGAACAUGCAGAGCAAACCGCGGUAGAGCUCAGAGCUUAUUGCAGCAGAUAUGCAUGCAGUGUGUUAUGAAAAACUAUCAUAAUAAUAUAAUAAUAAAAACUGUCUUCUCAGAAAAGCA